AUGGAAGUUUUUGAUGUUGAUUCUCAUCUUCGGGAAUGGGAAAACGAUGUAAAGUUUUGUGUCAUGGUCGGUAAAAUGAGGGAGAAGUUUAAUAAGUAUUGGGGAGAUUUCAUGAAUCUCAACAUGUAUACUUACUUUGCAUUGAUUUUAGAUCCUUAUAUAAAGAUGCAAAGCGUUAGAAAUGGGAUUGAAAUUUUGAUGUCUUAUGAUCAGAAACCUGAAAUUAUGAACGAUGAGUUUGAUUGUAUGGUUGACGAUAAGAAAGGUCUCAAUGAGAAGGCAUUUGGGGACUUGUAUGCUCAAUACAAAGCAAGAGAGGGUGAAAGGUCUAGAAUUCCAUCAAAGAAGCUGGUAAAUGAAGUUGCACCAAGUCAAAGCAAAGCUGUGAAUGAUUUCUUAUUUGGAAGAGAGGGUGGGUCAUAUAAAGUAGCAACUGAGUUAGAGAAGUAUUUAAACGAGCCACGUGAAGAACUUCAUCCCGGGUUUGAUAUACUACUUUGGUGGAAACUUAAUGGUCCAAGAUUUCCCACUUUAGCAAAGACGACGAAAGAUAUUUUAGCACUAUAA